GCCUGAGUGAGGCGGCAGUUGGAGGCGCUCGCGGAGGUGGGCGGGGCUUGGGCGGAGAGCCCGGCUUGGCCUACCUGGCAGGGCUGGCUUGAGGAGAGCGACCGCGCCGUCUCCCCUCCCCUCACCCCAACCCUGCGAGAUCUGCCAGGAUGUCCGGCCACAACUGGAGCCAGAAGACACAAACGAGGGAGGAAGAGGAGGAGGAAGACCCUUUUGACCAGAUGAUCCAGCGGACGGGCUGUGCCACUUUCCACUACGCCGUGAUGGAGUGCAUGGCAGAACACCAGGACUGGCGCAAGUGCCAGGAGCAAGUGCAGAGUUUUCGGGCCUGCAUGACGGAACAUCAGAAGCAGAAAGCGGAAGAGGUCAAGCGGAGGCAGAAGCUGCACCAGACCGCCAGCUGACCGAAGGGAAGCAGGGGAGUCGCCUGCUGGACUCCAAAGCUUCGGAGCAAUGCGAGCCCAGCAGGGCUGGCGCUGGACGAAGCCACCAUCGGUUGAGAAAUUUGGAAAGAGCUAAAUUUUGUAGACAAAAGAUGUGUCCACCCUCAGACCCGUUAAUACAAAAAUGGAGCGGCGUCCUUUUUUUGCUUUUAAUAAGAUAAAUGGCGUAUUCUUUUC